AGCGUCGUGAUGAACCGUCAUGGCGGCCGAACCGCUCGGAUUAAAUCUGCUGUUUCUUCUCCUUCUGCUUCGUAUCUGUCUGGGUUCAGCAGCGGAGCUGAGGAGGGAUGAAAGCGGCUACGUGCUGUACUGUCCCUGCAUGGGUCGCUUCGGGAACCAGGCAGACCACUUCCUGGGAUCUCUUGCCUUCGCUAAGAUGUUAAACCGAACCCUGGCGGUUCCUCCCUGGAUCGUGUACCGCCACCACACCCCCCCUUACACCAAUGUAAGUCCAGAUACAAGAAAAAUAAAGUUUAAUUAGAAAAGUUCAAAGAAA